GGUGGUCUUCGCAUCACACACCAUCGACACUACUGGCGGCAGUGCCUAUGGUGGACAUAUCGAGAUCAUCGAUUUGACCUUAGAUGACAUCGAUGCUACCAAGUGGGUGGGCACCGCCGACUUCAGGUACACUCAUUUUGAGACCUUGGGCAAGGGUGCUUUGUCGGCGGCGGUGAAAGUUACCUAUAGCUCCAAUUUCGAGCCACCACCUGUGAUCUCCUUCCACGGCUGUUCCUGGACAAAUUCGCAGGAGUAUGCCUUGCAUUUGGAGUCUGCCAACGUUCCCACGCUCAUCACUGAGAAUGUGAUGUUUAGGUCCUACAACGGCGGCAUCUUCCUGCAGACGG